AUGAUAUAUCCAGAUGCUUCUCUUUUCCAUUUUUGUGGUUAUUGUUGGUCUUUUCGAGACCUCAGCAGCUUUUUACUCCUUCACUGGGGGCCAUGAUGUUUUCCACCUCCAUCCCAUGCCGCAAAGUAUGCGGACUGGAAGCGACGGCACGGCUCUAAAUCGAGACAAGUCUUUUCCACCCUCCCGUCAGUUAUGGAACCGCAAUAAAUUUGGUGCUGUAUCUACAAACGAAAGCAGCUCUGAAGAAGGGCACACUAACAUCUAUGCUUGCUGGGAGGAAAACGCGGAACGCGAUUGCCUUGGAACUUGUAAAUCGGUGAUUCGAGGAGGUGUGUGUCCUGAAGAUGAACGACUGGAUGAAUUCUCCAAUGUUGUGACAAAUUCAGGCGGAGCGCUACUCGGAGGAUCGUGCACCGUAGGAGUGGUUGUCAUGUGCGUGGUGAUUUACUUCCUAUACAAACUACUGAGGAAUGAUCCAAGUGUUCAUCCUACGACUGGUCAUGUUCCUCAGCCGGAUGCUGCUACAAAUCAAAACAAAGCUUCCUGUCCACGUUGUCGUAACGUUCCCAGCAGUCCACCUCCCGCUUACAAUGAAGUGUUUGCGAUGGGAGAAUGUGCUGACCUCCCAGAUGCUUGCAUGUCUGCACCACCUGCAAAUUCUAAACAACCUACUCUCUGACCUAACAAAUGACUUUCUCCAUUGAUUCAGUCACCAACUGGUUUACUGUCUGUCUGUGUGUCUGUCUGUCUGACUGAUUGACUGACUGACUGUCUGGUAAACUGACUUGCUCUGACUGACCGACCGCCGGACCGACUGACUGACUGACUGACCCAAUGAAUGACUGAAUAAAUGAGCAAUUGAACGACUGACUGAUGACUUACUGAAUAACUAACUGACCGGCUAGCUAAAGCCAAGAUGUAAUAAUUUGUUUUAAAACUUCAGAAGAAUAGAAAGGCCAGCUCUGGUUAUAUUUAACUGACAUUCAAAGCUGCAUAUGCGCAUUAUCGUGCUUAGCCUCCUUCAAAAAUGUGCAGUGUCGAUGACGUUGCACAAAGUCAGCCUUUUGAUGCGUGACGACAUAUCCUAAAUAGUGGCCUUUACUUAUAAAAUCAGUAUCAGGAAUUUUUUGUGUUAUACUCAAUCACAAGCGAGAUCUUCAGACCACAGAAACCACAGACAACGGAAAGCUCUAGAAUAAGGACAACUGUUUGAAAUGAUACAACUUUUCUGGAUCAGUUUUGCAAAAGGAAUAGUCGCCACUUAGGCCUAAACUAAUUUCGUGAAGUUUAGAUAUAGUACAUAGGAUUGAGCUUAGAGCUUUGUAUUAGAAUGUCCUCAAUUAGGGCUCUAGAGUAACUUUAUGGGUUAGCAUGAAGAUUUGCUGUAAAAUGUAAAUCAAUAACUUAAAUAUUAUUUUGUAAUUUCAUUAUGGAAAACCACGACACUCUUAAGUUUAACAAACAUGAUUCGGCAGAUGCAUCUGCUAUCUUCACGGUGUUAAUUGAGCUAGCCGCAUUCGGCAGUUGAGCCUUUUCGCUUAUCAAAAGCGUGUCUGAACACUGCAGGUAGAUCUUCUCGAACUGAUUUAAUUUGACUUAUCCAUAGGAUUACGAAUUGAAGGGGAAUGAAACCGAGUAUCACUCGAAAUAUGAUUCAUACACAAAAUGGUUCUCAACUCACCUUGUCGAACCCAAUAAAUCGAAUUUAUAUUUA